CUUCCUUCCUGUCUCAUUUACUUUUAUUUUGUCCAAAAGCUUAUCUUUGUUCUGUGUGAUUACAGCCACUGUCAUUAGGAAUUUUGUGAACAAAGCAUUCUUCACGCUUGCUCAUGAAAGACACCAUCAACUUUUACCGCCAAGAUCAGGCAUAUGGGGAGUUCUCCAAUUUUUACUUUGCUCCCAUCGUCUUUCGAGGCAUCGAAUGGCCAACUACAGAACAUUACUUCCAAGCACAAAAGUUUGCUCAUCUGGAGGACAAGAAAUGUGUAGAGAUGAUUCGGAUGGCUGAUACUCCAGGCAAUGCUGCAAAAAUGGGCAGGAACAGAGCAUGGCCGCUGAGACCAGAUUGGGAAGAGAUCAAGGACGAUAUUAUGCGAGAAUGUGUGUUACAGAAAUUUUUGCAACAUCCAAACUUGGCGGAAGUCCUUCUCGGAACAGGCACUCGUUAUCUCAAUGAGCAUACACGAAAUGACCGUUACUGGGCUGAUGGAGGAGAUGGCAAGGGUAAGAACAUGUUAGGCAUUGUGCUUAUGGAGGUCAGGGAGAAAAUCUCAAAGAUGACACCUGAGCAAAUCCAGGAAGAGAUUAACCUUGCGCGUGCUGUGCCUGGAGAAUAA